UCGGUUGUGUGUGCGCCGUUGUGUACGUGCUGUUAAGCGCAACAAUGUUUCUCCGUGGCUGGGAUGGAAAAGAUAUAGACACUCACUUUUAAUGCAAUGGCCCAAUAUAUCGAUCAUUUCAAACGGAGUUGAAUGUUCGGAUACCAUGGGAGGAUAUCCCAUUGCCAUGAUCCCAUUUUAAAGAGAUUUCUUCAUUAACAGCUUGGCCUCGGUCGAUUCCCAUUUGUCUCCUCACAAUGAGACUGUACGCAUUUCUUCUGAAGAACAGUUUACCAAAGAUAGAAUUUUAUUCAAGGUUUUCACCAUCGCCCCUGUCAAUCAAACAGUUUCUGGAAUUUGGUAGGGAUAAUGCAUGUGAGAAGACGUCUUAUAUGUUCCUGCGUAAGGAGCUGCCGGUGCGUCUGGCAAAUACCAUGAGAGAGGUGAAUCUUCUGCCUGAUAAACUGCUCAGUCAACCGUCAGUCAAACUGGUGCAGAAAUGGUACAUGCAAAGUUUCUUUGAACUACUAGAGUUUGAAAACCGGAAGCCAGAAGAUUCGCAUGCUCUCAAUGACUUCCUGGAGACUCUUAUUGAUAUCAGAAAUAGACACAAUGAUGUGGUCCCGACCAUGGCCCAGGGAGUGAUCGAAUAUAAGGAGAAGUUUGGUUUCGACCCAUUUGUCAGCUCCAAUAUCCAGUACUUUUUGGACCGCUUCUACACCAAUCGAAUCUCCUUUCGCAUGCUCAUCAACCAGCACACUCUCCUCUUUGGCAAUGACAUCAACCCAGCCCAUCCCAAACACAUUGGCAGUAUUGAUCCCAACUGCGGUGUGGCCGAAGUGGUGACCGAUGCAUAUGAGACUGCCAAGAUGGUGUGUGAGCAAUAUUAUCUAGCUGCCCCAGAGCUGAAGAUAGAAGAAUUCAAUGCCAAGGCUUCUAAAAAACCCAUCCAGGCUGUUUAUGUGCCCUCCCACCUGUUCCAUAUGCUGUUUGAAUUGUUCAAGAAUGCAAUGCGGGCCACGGUUGAGCUUCACGAGGGCAGUAACGAGGGUCUUCCCCCUAUAAAAGCAAAAGUGACCCUGGGGAAGGAAGAUCUGUCUGUGAAGAUCAGUGACAGGGGAGGGGGUGUGGCUUUACGGAAGAUUGACAGGCUGUUCAACUACACCUACUCUACUGCACCAACUCCCAGUUUGGACUCUAAACGAGUGCCAUUGGCUGGUUUUGGGCAUGGCUUGCCGAUUUCCAGAUUGUACGCACGCUACUUUCAAGGGGACCUGAAACUGUACUCAAUGGAAGGGGUGGGAACAGAUGCUGUUAUCUAUCUGAAGGCUCUCUCCAGUGAAUCAUUUGAGCGUCUGCCCGUCUUUAACAAAUCUGCUUGGCGGCACUAUCAAGGUGGCCCAGGAGCGGAUGACUGGAGCAACCCCAGCAAAGAGCCCAGAGAUGCCUCCAAAUACAAGGCCAAAAGAUAACUGCACUUCAUCCAAAAUGUCCAACUGUACCCAUUUACAGACCUUCUACAUUUUUGUCUAGCUUCUGUUGCCAUGGCAACAUCACAUCAAUGCUGAGUGUUCUGUACUUGUUAGCAUUACCAGAGCAGAUGAUGUAAGUGUCAUUUAGUCUCUGUUCCUUCUUUGUGCAGCUACAGAUGUAAGAUACAGAGCCUCCUUUUAGCGUCUUCCAGAGCAGUCUUGUGCAAAGGGUGAAACUUGUGUGCCCAGAGGGUCAAAUACUUUGGUUCUCAUUUAAUUGUGCCACACAGUAGAGCCCCUGUUGGAGUUCCUGCCACAGUCAGAGAAGGAAGCCUGGAGUUUGAGAUCAAAAUGAAGAGCAUUUAUUUUACAGCCAUUCAGAGAUACGCAGGCUAUAGAGCACUGCAAAUGGCCUAAUGGAGAACCAUUUUGAAAAGAAAAGACUCAGGAGAAAUGAAAAUAUUUUAUUUAGAAAAUGGUUGAAUCUCGCAGAACCUGUCAAGAUUAUGUACAGGUCAUAUUUCUCCCAAAAAUCAAAAAGAAAAAUUAUAUUUUGAAUAUAACAUGUAAAGAAUAUAAAGACGUUAUAUUCUUAUAUUUUGUAUAAUGAAAAUUAAGCCUAUUUUAUGACCAUUACGAUGAUUUUUUUUUUUUCAUUGUGACUUUAUUUUAAUGACAAUUAAGCUAAGUAAGUAUGUACUGUGAUUAUUGCAAUGCAGAAAAAAAAUAAAGAUAUAUUUUUUAUAUUUAAAUAUAUUAUAAAAGUGACAUAUAAAGAAUGGCAAAUAAAUAAUAAAUGGCAGUAUUUGUAUUUAAUGCUGAAAUUAAUUAUAAUUAUAUUUUUUAAUCAUUUGUCUGGACAGGAUCAUGAAAAAUAUAUAUUUUUUUUUUCUGUAUUCAUGGUCAUUAGAAUUUAGAAGGAAAAUUGCUUGAUUGCCAUAAAAAAUUAUGUCACAAUGUAAGAAACCUUAAUAGUCCUAAAGCAAGGCUUUGUUUUAUUUGUAUUUUUACAUGAAAUAUGACCUGGACAUUCAUUCCAUAAGUGAAUAUGCAUAACUGAUGUUUCUAAGAAUGGAGGAAUGCACUUUUAAACAAAAUCUAAAUUGUUUCUACUACUAAUGUAUUUUAUUUUAUUUAUUUAACCAAACCCAAACUUAUUUUGACUUCUCUCCCUAGUUGUGCAUUUGUGUAGGGCUGUACUGAUAUCAAUUCUGCCAUGUUAGAAACUCAGCUGGGCUGCAGUCACUUUUAAUGGCAAGUAGCAGAGUAUUUACAGGAGUACAUCUCCUACAAUUAACUUAGAUAGUAGGUCAGCAAUACAGAGCUUCCUGUUAAUGUAUAUGAAUGGACACAGUGAUAAAACUGUUAAAGAACAAUGCAUACUGCACAACAGCUUAUCAUAGCAUAACUAACUUUUGUUUUUGUCUUAAAGCUGAAGUAUGUAACUUUUUCAGUGUUAAAAUACUUCCUCCUAUCCCAGCUUAAUAUGAAAAGAUAACUAUAAGUAAGCCAUUUAUAGGUAAUUGUCUUAAAAUCUGUAAACACUGUGUCUAUGUGGCGCUAUGAAAAUUCCUCUGUUUUGAGCCACCUGUCUCAAUAGAGACAAUAACACUGACUCAACCAAUGGGAUGAGUUGUUGGCAGGAAUAUCUGUGUUUUUUUUUUGUUUUUGUUUUUUAUCAAUGGAAGAUGGGGGGUGUAUUCAAAAAGCUGUUUUGAAAACUAUGUUUAUUUUUGCAAUCAUGUUUGACGGCACUAGUGGCACAGAAAUGACAUACUUCAGCUUUAAAAAAAACAUGUACUUCUUUAAAAAAAAAUUGACCCAUUAUGGUGACAUUAGAUGGAGAAUAUUUGAAAGAAAUUUGCUUGCAGACAUUAUUGAAACAGAUUGUAACAUUGUUUAGAUUGUGUAGAGUCCCAUCAAAGUGUUGAAAUGUUACAGCAACACGUGUUUGAGAAUAAAUGCAUAACUAGAUAAAAAAAAAAAAUCAUAGAAGUAAUUUCACUUAAUGAUGUCAUUGUCAGCAAUCAGUGUUAUUAACUGUGAGAGAUAGAGGCAAACAUAAAUGGACUGGAUUCUCAUGAGCUUUAUUCUGAUUUAGGAGUGUUUUGGGGCAAUUAUGCAUUGAAGAGUUGUUUGAAUGAAAUACAUUGCCGUGUUUCCAAUGCUUACAAGCUUAAUUUGGCCCUGCAUGUGUCCCACUGUGUUAAAAUCACUGUGUCCAAGCAGUACUUCACAAAAAAUACCCGAUCAUGCAUCACUUAACUGUUCUUUUGAAUGCACAAGUAUUUUGAGGUGGACCUGAAUGAUAUUGCUAUAGUUAGGUAACUUUUGCCUCUUUUUAGAAUUUUUGCUUUUACAAAUUUGCAAAAGAUUGACAUUUGUUUAUGCUUCACUUUGUGUAUCUUUACAGCAACACUCCAUGGUUAAUCCCUCAAAAUCUGUCAAGAACAUGCCUAGGUCAUAUUUCACACAAAAAUGCAAAGACAAAUAUGGGAAGUGAUGUUUUGUGUAAAGAAAUAGAACGAACCCCACCUCCAAAUUAUGACAUUUUCAUAAUAAUGGCUUCACAAAUAGGAUUAAUAGAAUUUAGGGUGAAAUAUGACCUGGACAUUUCUGUCAUAGGAAAAAAAAACAUUAAAAAGCAUUUACAAUUGUCUUAAUGCUGGUUUGUGGUGUUUGGAGGUCUUUUUCUGACUUAAGACAUUUUUUUGGUGAUGAUCAUAAUAUAGCACCUUACUUUUUGUCAUACUCUUAUUAAAAUAUAUAUUUCAGUAUUCAUUUUAAAGGAUUUGUAGAAUGGUUUUAAUUUUGUUUAUUUAGACAAUGAAGAAAGCACUUUGACGCCUUGAACGCCUUAUGUGUUCUGAAGAGCAGACUGAAGUAUGCAAGCAUAUAUUCUUGUAAAAAAAAGCCUCAGUCUUUGUAACAAGCUCAAAUAUAGUUGAUUUUGCCAGUAUACUCUUGUUUGUGCAUGCAUGCAGUCUGUUAAUGUAAAAAACACAUUGGGAAAUCUGUUUAGCUUCACAGAGAUUACUGUCCUAUACAAGUGAACAGAUAUUUUAGUGGUUCAUAACUUUUCAGGUGGAACAGACAUUUGUGUGUGUGUGUUUUCGUGAUACUUUUGUUUUUGGAAGUUUCUUAUACUUGAUUAGUAAAAUGCCACUGCUUGUAGAUAAAUGCCGUUUAAAACAAUGUUUUAACCAAGUGUUCAAUUAUUUUGUGUAAUGCUGAAAUAGUUUGGAACCUGACAUUCUAUACACACUUAUCAUUUAUUGCAAUGAAGAUAUUGAUCUAUUAACAUUCCUUCUGAAGUACCUAUUAAAAAAUGAACAAUAAAGGCAUCUUCCAAUACUACCAUCCAUUUGUGUUAUUUAA